CCGACUGAAGUUUUUGUGAGCCGGGAGGCAGAAUCAUCUCUGAGCAAAGGACGUGUCGGACUCUGGACAGCAGACAGUGAGCAUCCACCAACUCUUACGCACCGGGCUGUCUGUGGAUGUGAGCAGGAUCGAGGGCAGAUAGCUGGACGACGCGCAUUUUUGAGGGGGAUUCACUCACCCAACCACCAUACCAACAUGAGUAAUCAAUCGAACGGGACGGACCCCUGUAAAAACAUGCCUCCGUUUGCUAUCGAGAUCAUCCGACAGAUGGAUGUCGUUAGCAUUAUCCUGUAUUCUGUCCUCACCUUCAUGGCUGCGGUUUCGGCGCUGGUCUUCAUGGAGGAGUGUGUGUACAUUUACAGGAAGGUGCCCGCCAAUAAGAAGAGUGUAAUCAUCUGGGUGAACGGGGCAGCUCCGGUGAUCAGCACCAUGUCCUGCCUAGGAAUGUGGAUCCCCAGAGCCGUGAUGUUUACAGAUAUGACCUCCGCCACCUAUUUUGCCAUUGUGGUGUUUAAGUUCCUGAUUAUGAUGCUGGAGGAAAUUGGAGGGGACGAGGCCUUCCUGAAGCGAGCCGACAAACACAAACUGAAGAUCAGUACGGGGCCUUGCUGCUGUUGCUGCCCCUGUCUCCCACACGUGUCCAUCACACGACGCACGCUUUUCCUGCUCAAGCUGGGCUCCUUCCAGUUUGCCAUCCUGAAGCUCGUCUUCACCAUCCUUUCCAUUAUCCUGUGGACCAAUGGGAAUUUCAACGUGCAAGACAUGAGCAUUACCGGCGCAUCUAUAUGGAUCAACCCGUUUGUUGGCAUCUUGACAAUUAUUGGUCUGUGGCCUGUCUCCAUCAUGUUAAUCCACCUGAAGACCACCUUACGAACGCGUAAGAUCGUCCCCAAGUAUGCCAUGUAUCAGUUGGUGCUGAUCCUGAGCCAGCUGCAGACAGCCAUAAUCAACAUCUUGGCCAUGAAUGGAACCAUUGCCCCCUCUCGACUUUUAUCAUCUCCAGCCAGAGGAUACAUGCUCAGUCAGCAGCUCCUCAUCCUGGAGAUGUUCAUCAUCACUCUGGUCACCCGGCUGCUGUAUCGACGACCGUACGAACCUCUGCCGGAGGAAAACCCGGCCAACAAUGAGAGCACCAAGAUGGUACCAUUAACAGCCUCUGUAUGAGGGCUGAAUUCAUUUGUGUCCCAGAGCGUGUUUGUGCAGGCGGGGUUUGAUAGGAAUUAAAUAUAUUGAUUAGGAUUAAUCAAUAAAUGUGAAUUUGAGGUAAAUGAGCGUUGUGUUUGCACGUCUGACCGAUGGGACACUCGGGUCACUUUUCAGGAAUAUGUUUUGACAAGCAGAAACCGCCUCUACAGAUAAAGGGAACCUAUUAAAGCAGCCCUCUCUGUAAACGUGUCCUCUCAGGCAUAAACACUUCUCUUGCUGAUAUGGUUGACGUAACUUUACGUCCUCCAGUCUCUGAUUGCACCUUACUGAAAUAUACAGCACCCUGUCAUGUAAAAGUCUUCUGUUUCCAAGCGACGUGAGGCAUCACCAAGACACAAAGCGAAAAAAAAUGAUGACUGGAUUGGAACCUCUGUUUGCAGAGGAUAUUUGAUGUCUUCAAAGGUCCCCUCAGAGUUUAGUUUAACUGUUCAGGCUUUAUUCUGAGAGAUUCGUCUAAAGGACGCAGCGUGUAAAGUUAAAUCUGAGUCCUCUAGGCUGGCCCCUUAAUUCGGGGGUCGCAGAGUUUUUUGCGCCGGAUGCCCUUCCUGAUGCAGCUGGGAUUCGAACCCGCAAGAGUGAUUGAAGUUAAAUUAUUUACUGAUUUAACUUCACAUGCUGCCCAGUCCUUGAGACAGUGAAGCCCAAACCGCAGCGCCUCCACCACUGUGCAUCACAGCUGAAUGAGUGGUCCUUCAGGGAAGAUGUCGGUGGUCUGUGCUUUUCCAUUGGUAUUGUUACUAGAUUCUUACAUUGACUUUUGAUCUAGUUAGUGUACUAAUAUUCUCUGACAAUAUGUUCACUGGUUAGCUGUAUAUCUGCCCUCGUUUCAGUUGUACAUUUGUUGGUCCGGUCUCAGCUGGGGUUUGCUGGAUGACAGAUCCCUGUUUCAAAGAGGAUUAAAUGGUGUCCUGUGUUAUUAGGAACCUACACUAUGUUAUAAUUGUACUGACACUGUGUCUUUGUGGGUAUAAAUGUUUGCUUGUUUGUUCCCCCCCCCCCUCCCCCAAAAAAGGGACCUUUACUUUGCUAGGAUUUCCUGGCAACACGUCUAACAGCUUUCUUAAUAUAAAUGAUGAAACAAACUGGAGAGCAGAAUCCAAAGAUUUGUUAAAGGUGAACAUUGUUAUAGCCAACCAAAGGGAUUUUCAAUAAAGAUGCUUGCAUUUUCUACAGGA